ACUUGCUACCCAAUUUAUCCCUUUGUGUUGCCAUGACUACAUUUCUCUAUGUUUUCCUUCCAUUCAUCAUCAUCCAAAUCUUAGGAGUUGAAGCAAACAUUGGAGUUAAUUAUGGUAUGCAAGGAGAUAAUCUUCCACCACCAAGAGAUGUAGCGAAGUUCCUUGUUGAUUCAACUAUUAUCAAUCAUGUAAGACUCUUUGAUGCAAAUCCUAAUACUCUUGAAGCCUUUGCUCACACCGGAAUUGCCAUAACAGUAACAAUCCCAAAUGUUUUGAUCCCUCUUUUUACUGAUUUCACAUUUGCUCAAGAAUGGGUCAAAAACAAUAUUUCUACCCAUAUACAUUCUACCAACAUAAUACGUAUCUUGGUAGGCAACGAGGUUUUGGCGACCGCCGAUAAGCUCCUCAUUACUAGCCUUGUCCCGGCCAUGGAAACGAUCUACACCGCCCUCAUCGGAGAGUCCUUGGAACGUAAAGUUCAAGUCUCAACCCCUCAUUCGCUUGGUAUUUUGUCUAGUUCAAGCCCACCCUCUAUGGGGCGGUUUAGGCAAGGUUAUGACGUGCAUGUUAUAUGGCCGUUACUUAAUUUUUUAAGGGGUGUAGGUUCACCUUUUAUGGUGAACCCGUAUCCCUUUUUUGUUAUUGAUUCGAAUCAUACGAAUCUUGAUUACGCUUUAUUUAGGCCUAAUUCAGGAGUGUUUGAUGAAAAUACGGGUGUGAACUAUACUAACAUGUUGGAUGCACAACUUGAUGCUAUUUUUUGUGCAAUGAGGGUAAAUGGGUAUGAUGAUGUGGAUAUCGCUAUAGCCGAAACUGGUUGGCCAUCACAAGGAGACCCGAGCCAAGUUGGCGUUGACCGGUAUAGCGCUGCCACUUAUAACGCCAAUGUAAUACGCCAAGUCACAUCAGGUGUAGGGACCCCACUAAUGCCAAAUCGGACUUUUGAGACCUAUAUUUUUGCGCUAUUGGAUGAAAAUUUGAAGAUUGGGCCUACCUAUGAAAGACACUUUGGUUUGUUUGGUCCUGAUCUCACCCCAAACUACGAUAUUGGGCUUUUUCGGCCCAAUAUCACUUCCAAUGCUUCUCCUAAGAGUACUAUAUACUUCUCCCUUAUCAUCACAAUUGUAUGUUGGCUUAUUGGUUGAUGGCAUUUUGAGAUGAUUAUUGACAGGCUAAGUUGACCAAAUCAUCAUGAUCAUUCGUUAAAGCCAGUAUAUUCUACUCACAAAAAUUAUUAUCAAAUCUUGAAUUCUGAUAAGAGUUAUUUAAAAGCAAACCAUAUCCAUAUCAAAAAGGUAUAGAGGUUGCUGUCAGUAAGAUCGUUGACUAAGUUGAUCAAAUGAAGCCCGAUAUUGUGUUAAAUGGACUAAUAUUGGGAUAAUGGGCCUAGCAUGU